GUGGAGCAGGAGCUCAGUGCUGAGAGCUUCAGUCCUGUCAGCAGUCAGGAGCAGGAUUCCAAAGCAAUUCGGCUUUAAAAAAUAUUUGAUGCAUUGUAUUUGUUAUUUUAUUUCUGGGCAGUUGAUAAAGUUUUCUCGCAUCAGGUCCUACUCCCCUCCCAUGAACAGGGGACGGGAAGGAUGUUGUCUGCAGGUCCUGCACCUACAUCAGAGCAAGAGGAAGGAGCUGAUAUCGACAAUGUGAAGUGUAUGUUGCAAGCUGAACAUGAAGAGGUUCAAAACCGGACUUUCACAAACUGGGUUAACGCACAACUGGCAAAGCACGAGACCCCAUCUGCCAUCCAGGACUUGUUCCAGGAUCUUCGGGAUGGACACAGGCUCUUGGAUUUACUGGAGGUUCUCUCAGGACAGCAGAUGGUGAGAAAGGAACUGAGGGAUACAGUAACUGGUGGAGUUAAUCAGCCUGUAGCCCUAGUAUGA